GUUCAGUAAAAAAACAUGCUUGACUGAGAUGCCCUCUUCUUCUGGAAAUAUCGAUGCACCUACAAGCAGAAAGAUUGGACACAGAGGAGUAGAUGCUUCUGGGGAAACUACAUACAAAAAGACAACCUCAUCCACUCUUAAAGGAGCAAUUCAACUGGGUAUUGGAUACACAGUAGGAAAUCUCAGUUCAAAGCCUGAAAGAGAUGUACUGAUGCAAGAUUUCUAUGUAGUUGAAAGCAUAUUCUUCCCUAGUGAAGGUAGUAAUUUGACUCCAGCACAUCACUUCCCUGACUUCAGAUUUAAGACCUAUGCUCCAGUGGCAUUUCGUUACUUUAGGGAACUCUUUGGCAUUCGACCAGAUGAUUAUUUGUAUUCAUUGUGCAAUGAGCCCUUGAUUGAACUCUCCAAUCCUGGUGCCAGUGGUUCUCUCUUUUAUGUGACUAGUGAUGAUGAGUUCAUAAUAAAGACCGUUGUAAACAAAGAAGCAGAAUUUCUGCAAAAGUUACUUCCAGGUUAUUAUAUGAAUCUGAAUCAAAACCCAAGGACUCUCUUGCCAAAGUUUUAUGGACUUUAUUGUGUCCAGUCUGGUGGCAAAAAUAUCCGAGUGGCAGUGAUGAAUAAUGUGUUACCACGAGUGGUGAAGAUGCAUUUGAAGUAUGAUUUAAAAGGUUCAACCUACAAACGGAGAGCUUCAAGAAAAGAGCGUGAGAAAUGCAGGCCAACAUUCAAAGACCUGGACUUCAUGCAGGAUUUCGCAGAUGGGUUACUUUUGGACACAGACACAAACAGUGCUCUGAUUAAAACUCUACAGAGAGAUUGUCUGGUUUUAGAGAGCUUUAAAAUCAUGGAUUACAGUUUAUUGUUGGGCAUUCACAAUUUGGACCAAGCAGAACGUGAAAGACAGGCUGAGGGAUUACUAAGUACCUCUGAUGAGAAGCGACCUAUUGCACAGAAAGCUCUAUAUUCCACAGCCAUGGAAUCUAUUCAAGGUGGAACUUCACGGGGCGAGUCAAUCGACACAGAUGAUACGAUGGGAGGUAUACCUGCCAUAAAUGGCAAAGGAGAGAGACUUCUCUUGUACAUUGGUAUAAUUGACAUUUUGCAGUCCUACAGAUUAAUCAAGAAAUUGGAACACACUUGGAAAGCACUUGUUCAUGAUGGUGACACUGUGUCAGUGCACAGGCCAAACUUCUAUGCUGAAAGGUUUUAUAAAUUUAUGAGCAACACUGUCUUCAGAAAGACAUCACCAUUUCAAUUUCAUAACACGACAGCCUUGAAGUCAUCCCCAUCCAAGAAAGGACGUGCUUCUCUACCAGUUCCUAAAUAUAUUGGUCCAGGGCAAGCUUUUUCUGCCAGUCAGAUUCCUACAGAAGAUGAAGAUAAACGGUAUGACCUGCGGGGAGCCAGGAGCUUCCCAACUCUUGAAGAUGAAGGACUGUUGGGCCGGCCAGAUCUCCUUCCUUGCACUCCCCCUUCAUUUGAAGAAGCAACUACAGCUUCAAUAGCAACAACCCUGUCAUCAACAACAUCCUUGUCAAUAACAGAACAGUCACCAUCAGAAGGCUCAGAGCAUCAUCAUCGCUACAGGAAAACUACACUAUCAUCAGCACCAGAUAUUGGGUCUGAUGAGAUGGUCACAGAAACUGGCCUACAGCGGGUCACUGUUGAGCUGGAGGCAAAAUCCAGUACCGAAACUGAGCAUACAGCUGAGGAAGAAGCAACAGAAGAGGAAGAGGAUAAAACGUUAGUGGAAGUUCCUUCAGCAUCUGCACGUACAAGUUCCACUGUUACUUUGGAAGCAGACACUGUGAGUCAAAUCUCAGAGGCAGCUAGCCAUGCCUCUGAGGAGGCAGAAGAUGAUGACGAUGAGGAGGUUCCAGCAACAGACAUGUAUUUUUAAAACUUACCCGAUCAUUUUUGAAGAAUGAAGAGGAAAGUUCUUCCAGAAGAACAAUGUAUUUUGGUCUGAAGCUGCCUCACUCCAUUGAAUCAGAGUGAUAUCAUAUUAUCACUCAGGCUGGGCCCUAUGUGUUCCACUAUGUAGUAUGUGAAACUUGGGCAAAGAAAACAUCUGGAACAGAAUUCAUGUUGGGGAGUUGGAACCAAGACACUUUGUUGGGAAUGGGAGUGGUGGGGCAGCAGGUGAACUUGUUUGUUAGUGUUAACAAAAUUUCUGCACAACUCUGCUCAUGCAGCAACUAUAUCAUGUGAUUUUAUGUGGUCAAUACUUGUCAGUGACAAAUCACUGCUAAAUAAUCUGCGUCCAGCCGAAACCUGUUCAGUUAGAUUCUGUCUUCUCAAACAGAUUGCAGAGUGCCAUGAUCAACCUCUGUGAAUGUGCAUUUUUUUUUCUGUUUAUCCAAAGUUCGUGCAGCUUUAGACAAUGUGAUUCCAGUUGUGUAAAUCAUGUGCGAGCGAUCAAGCUCUUCAUUUUGUGCUGAGCUUAAUUUUGCUUUAGUAUUAGUCAACAUUAAUUUGUUUGUGAAUAUAAGUAGAAAGCUGAGUUAUACUGAAGCACUGAAAGCUAUAAACCAGGAAGCACAAUUCAAAAAUGAACAUGCCUCAGAUGGCGGAAGUGCAUUUUCCAGAAUUGAAUAUGCAGUUGUCAGACAUUUUAUUUAUUUUUUAUGGGAAGAAAAGUGUAGAAAGCAGAGCAGUUUUGUGACAGGCAAUCAAUCAGAAACCUUGAUUGCAUACAUAUAUAUGAAAAGCCUUCCAAAGCUGCAAGUCUUUUUGCGACUUUAGUUUUUAUUGUGUGUCUCAAUCGGGUUGAGAAAUAUUUAAUGGGAUAAAGCAUUUUCCUAAAUCUGAAUCCCAGGUUUAAAAUCAAGUAUGUCACAAGUCAGGUCCAACACAAACUGUAUGCAAUGUCAAGCUUUCUGUAUGUUGCCAAUUAAGGACGAGGUACUGUACUAAGUCUAAGUACAGCAUGGGUCAAAUGCAUAUAAAAUGUUUCCUUCAUAUUAUCCCAACAAUGUAUCUCAGCCCCAGCAUUUGAAAAGCACUUCCUUUGCUUCUGUGACACAUCGUGUUUCUGAAGUGCAUGUGUUUUCUGAACAGACCAUACUAUUCUAGACAUGUCAGCUGCAAUACAGAAUUGCAGAUGUGUAUAAAAACUUAAUGUUUUGAAUUUUGUAUAUCUAAAUCUUUUAAAUUGUUGCAACCCAAAUUGAACCUGUGUAGUGUAUGAAAAUAUCCAAAAUAUGUAUGAUAAAUUAUCUUACAACUAUGAACAUUACACUUGGGUAACUAUGAAAUGAACUAUCAUAAGAGGUUUGACAAACUCGAAUGUUCCAUUUCCGUUAAAGCAAUUGUGUCAAGGAUAUUCUAUUCCUAAUCCAGAUUACAAAUGAAUGGAAAUGAGUAAAGUGAGUUGUUCUUCCCAAAUUAUUCAUUAGAAAGAACCUACUGUUGUCCCCCUCCAGUCCAUUCUCAUAACUCAGCUGUUUUAAUUUAGGAUGUCAAAACUGCAGCCCCAUUAGACCAGGUAAUUAGGCACUUCAUACACAGGCAACUUAGUCCAAUUUGUGAAUAGAUCUUUUACUCACUAGUUUGUGCUGUGUGAAGUUUCUGUUCUUACAAUUUACAAAUUCUAAAGAAGAGCCUAAAAGUAGGUUUAAGCUCUGUAGAUGGUCCUGACAUUUUAAGUGCACAAUUUUACAAGUUUUAAACUUGUAAAAUUUUUGUAAUCAACCUAAUUGGUUCCUGAUCACCAGUAUGUAUCAGGUGUAAAGUGUCUGCUGUGCCCAAUGUUAAUUAUUGUUUUCCUUUACUUAGAAAUCAAAAACUGAGAAAUAUCAUUAUUCGAUAGUCACUCAGGUUGGACAUAUGUUUGUAUGGAGAUAAGAGGCAUGAGCUCAAAUGAAAUAAAAAUCCAAGAACUCUUGAUAUUCUGACACUAGAACAGUGACUAUGCUUCAGAGUGCCACAUUGACUGUAAAAUGCUUUGGGACUUCCUAAGGUCAUGAAAAACAUCAUAUAGAUACAAGUUGCUUCUAAACCAAAACAGCAAAGCCUGUUUUAGUUUUUAACAGAUGCUUGAACCGGUUCUGUUAAAUAACUAACUAAAAAAUCACUUUUUAAAAAAUGUAUACUGCCAAUUCUGUUGACAUUAUUUCCAUCCUUUUUUUUGUGCUGAUUGCCGAUACCAACUACCAACAUUUUCUGUGCUGUCAAUUGAGUGCAGAUCACGUUGAAGGACUAGCAAUGAUAUUUAUUGAAAUACUAACUGCAUGAAGUAUAAGACUUCAGACGUGACCAAGUUUUAGCGAAUAGUUGUUUUACCAUUUGUAAGACUCCAGCUGAACCAUAUUAUGAUUGAAUAGUAGUUCUCAGACACAUUCCUUAAAUAUUUUCAAAACUAAACUUAAAGCAAAAGAUUAGUUACUUGCAUAGGUGUUGCAAGUUUAAUUGAAAAUAUUUCUUCCACUGUGUAUCCCUUCUGACUACAGUUGCCACUGUUUGAGUACUAGUACCAUAAAUUGAUUUAAAAUUCAGAUAUGGUUUACAUUGCUGAAAAAUUUCUCUUAUAAACUUUUCUGGUGCUAACCUCUGUCAGAUUUAUGUGGGGAUUUCUAGUAUUGGGUCAUUGCUUUCUCCAGUUGUGAAUUCUGACUGGCAGUGCGUUGAAUUUGGAGAGGCUUGAUUUUGAAGGCUUGAGUGUAUUGAUGUCCUGACACAUCAUUCAGAGACUGGGAAUUAAAAAAAGAUUUAUUUCCCCAGAUAUUUAAGGACAUGUACUGAUGCAGUUUACUCUGUUCACUAGUAUUUGAUGUUUAAUUUAAAUAUGUUGUUACCUUUUUAGAUGUUAAGGUAAUCAGACCUGUUGAUUGGUUAAUUUCGGUAAAAGCAAAAGGAGAAUGAGUUGGAAGGAGUCGGUCCCCAUGAUCUGAUAUAAGCCUUGAAUUGUGAACUCAGAAUAAACAGUAAUCCAAUGCUUAAAAUUUGCUAACACAGUGUACAAACUGUUAAGACAUUGGAAAUUGGAUCUCCAGAACAGCCAAUCUAAACCCAGUGAUAGGAAGGCAGAUUUACAUUUAAAGCUUUGCAUUUAUUUGAAUUGUGUCCUUCCGUCUUAUUUUGGAAUGAUUAGGAGACUAAAUUAGUUUUCAUGUGUGUUUCCUCAGCCCAUGUACCUAUUGAAAAGGUAACUUAUUUGAAAAAAGCUGUUAUAUAUAUAACGGAUUUGCAGAACUAUCUCUGUUUUCUAACUGACCCUGGCUUCUUCAGACAUAAACUUACUCCAGAUUAAAAUUAUCUCCUAACACUGCUUCCCUCCCUAGAUCAAUGCCAAUCUACUGUUGGUCUAUUUUGGGUUGUAAUUAAGAGAUGGAACUGUUUAUCUAUUCGAACUUGCAGCCCCCCACCCCUAACACACGUACACAUUCAAAAACAGCGUAAAUUAUGUAAGUGUCCCUCUGCAAAGAAGUUUAAUUGGUGAUCUUAUUUUACUGAAGGCCAUUGUGCUGACAAAGUAGUAGAGAUAUCUCUCAAUCAUGCAAUAUCUUCUACUUAAUGCUUUACACAAUGAAAAUUGUUUUAAUUUUGUCCACACUCACUGACCACAUUGCUUCUACAAAUCAUGCAGUGUCUGGCUGUCACAAUCUAUUUAAAUUGCAACUUGUGACUUUGUUUCAUUACCAGUUGGCUCUUGCACCAUAUAUUUAUUUUCAAAAUUGUUUUUGCACCCCACCUGCAUUGAUGGAAAGAGCAGUGUGGCUCUUAAGCUGUGGAAGAGUUUUGACCGCAAGCAAUUCAGUGAAAGGAGCAUUCUGUUCAUUUGAAAAAGUGAAAUUAAACAAAUUAUGAAGGAUUGCUUAUUUUAAACAUUUUCAACCUUUUUAAAUGGCAUGAUAGCUAGAUAGGAGAGUGUCCUUUUUUUUUAAAAAGAAACACAGUUUAACAUUAUCACUGUUAAGGUUGUUCUCUUCAUUCUUGACUCACAUAUAUAGUUGAAUUCUUUUCACAUCACAUUUGUACUCCGGCUAACCGUAAGGUAGCUGUUAGGCAGCUACAGUGUCCUUGGUGCAUUUUAAUUACAGAAGUAAAUGAUCAGUUAGGAUUCUCUUUCUCAAAUACUGUACAGUGCUUCAUGCUGGAAAAUGUCUCUGGACGUAAUUUGCCUUGGCUAUCUUGUCCCUUGCAUUUUGCUGUUUUCUGUCACCCAAAUUUGAAUUCACAUGAUUAAUGGCCACUAAAGCGCACGAUGUUUAGGCCGAGUUAUUCUGAUGUAAUCAUGUAUCCCAUUUGGUGCUUUGGGAGCGUGAUGUCAAAGGGAGGAGAAUUGAAAUAAUAGGGUAAGAAAUCACACUUAGUACGAAAGACCUUGUUCAGAAUUUUGUUGUCUAGUGUUUGGAAAGCAGUAGUGAGUUCAAGUACUCCAAUUGAAGGGCCUUCCCUUUAAAAAUUCUAUACAUUGUAUAGCUAAGCUUCCACAAUAUUUGCUAUCAACUUUCCUAAUAUCAAUAAACUUCACUAAUAUUAAGUUUCCAAAUGGAAUGAUGAAAUUACAGUCAAUUGUUACUUUCUCCUUUUUUUUCAAGCACAGUUGAUUCAAGUAUGACACAGUAUUAACAUUUUGGCAUUUGAUGCUAAAAAUGCAAGGAGGGAUGUGCUUACGAGAUUAAGCUGCUUUUUGAGAAUUGGUGGAGGUGCUGCUCAGUUCCUACAUUAUUUGUUAUUUCAGAUUCUCAGCAUUUCCAUCUUUACUUAAUCUACUGGUAACUGGAGUGAAAAUUCAGAUGAGUUUUGUCUUAGAAUAAUUCAUCUCCAUUGAUGCAGGUAGCUAUCACAUUCAUCAAUCAUUAGGAUUGAUGGUAGUGUCCUAUGGUUCAGUACUAAAAUAUUGACAGCUGUAAAAUCCCUAUAAAACAGAGCUUGAAUAAUUUUUACAGUUAAUUAGCGAUAGAGGUGAAAAUACACUUCCCAAUAAAUUGUGUUAAUUAAAUUUUCCCAUCUUGGCUGGCAAUUUAUUGCAGACGUUAAAGUAUUGGUAUUAUUACCAUUUUCUCAUGUUUUUGUAUCCAUGCAGGUUUUCCUGCUCAUAUUGCUAGGGAAAAGUAACAAUAAUUGUUGCACAGUAGACCGUACACUUUAGCAUUUUUAAAAAAAUAUUCAUGGUUCGUUCACUAUAGUUUUAAAAUGCACUUUUUUAUGUCAUUGAAUGUCACCACCUACUUAAUAAUCAGGAACAGAAAAUAGCUAAUGUGAAACAAGUUGUUAAUGAAUAUUUUAAAAGAAUUUAAUGUCCUGGCUUGAAAUGUGAGAGAAUGGUUUUUUUGCUGUGAAAAGUAUAUUUUGAACAUGAAUUUUCCCACUUUACAAUAAACUAACUUCAUUUAAUGUUGUUUGUGGGAGCUUGCUGUGCUCUAAAUAGCUUCACAUUUACCCACAACUGUCACUACAUAUUAAGAUAAUUCUACGUGCUGCACUUUGGGAGUUUUGAGCUGUGAUACAGUGCUAGACAAAUGCAAAUCUUUCCGUCUGUUCUUUUGGAAUUUUCAUUUUAAAAACAAAAGUACAAAUGGUCAAAAUUUUAAAAGGUCUGAAAAGCCUUGUUAAUCAUCAGUUAUUGAGAAGACAAUGUAUUUGAAAAUUUUCAUUUGAAAUCUUUCACUGGUUCUAAUUGAGACACCCUUCCUGAAAUAGCAUCUAGUUUUUCAUUGUUUUAAAUGUUAAGGAGCUGCUGUGACUUCUGUUUAGUGGAUCUUUUCAAAGUACUUGAUUGCACAGGAGACUAAUCGUUUUCAGCACAUCAUACAAAUAUUCUACCUCCAAAAGGUAAAGUCAUUAGAGAGAGAUGGCUAGUGGUAGUUUAACCUGGGGGUCACCACACCGCAGGUAAGGGGAAAGGUAGAGAAGAAGAAUCCUUCAUGGUAACCUCAGCCAGUGCAGGAAUUGAACCCAUGCUGUUGGCAUCACCUGCAUUGCAAACCCACCCAUUCAGCUAAUUGACGAGUGACUGUAAACAUGUAGAUUGUCGACAAGAGGUUAUUAGUAACAAAGGGUGUGGUUUUUGUGAAUGACAGUACUGUUCUUGAGAGAGAAUAGGUGAAAGACAAAACAUUAAAAAUUUCAUUUUCUCAGUAGUCCAUUUUUUUUCUAUUUUUUUGGUUUGGUUUUAAUACAUGCCCUUUGCACAGUUUUAAAGCAUAGACAAUGGAUUUAUCUCCUUAGAUGUUUAUAUUUAACAUUAAAGUCAAUGUGCAAAUCAUUGUUUUAUUUUGCUGAAAUUCAAAUGAUGACUAUGGUUUCUGUUGAAUAAUGCAUGAAGAAAAUAUUUAAGUGUUUUUAUCUUUCAAAGAUAUGUUACUACAAGCACAUAGGUUGAGUAAAUAGAUAACUUAAGUUAAGAAAUAUUACGUGGGUAGUGUUCAGUUAAUUUUUUUUAAGAUGCAAUUUAGAAUUGCAGGUAUCUGUAUUUUUGUUUGACGUAUAAUUCUUGGAUGGAAUGUUUUGAUGAAAGCAGAGUCUUGUAUUUUCCAAAAUUGCUGAAUAAUCAAGCAGAACUCCAUCUUGAUUGCACUCUGGUAAUGUUUAUGUAGAUAAGUGAAGGUCUUUCUACUUCUUCCAAAUCUGCUUUAUCUGUGGUUGUAGACUUGCUCGCUGAGCCAGUGUGUUUGAUUGUAGACAUUUUGUCACCCUGCUAGGUAAC